AUGUAUUUUAUCAACAUGGUAAUGAGCAUCUACAUAAUUUCAUUUAUCUCCAUUGAUCGAUACAUUGCCAUAAAGCACCCCUUGAAAGCCAGAAUCUUCAGAUCUCCAUCAAGGGCUGCUCUUCUCUGUGGGCUUCUGUGGGUCUCUGUGAUAACUGCCUACCUUGGGAUACUUGCCAGGGUCAUAAUGGAGAGCUUUGGAGCUACUUGUUUCCUGCUCCAGCUUACAAGGAACUUCUCCUCCAUGACAAGGUGUAUUGCCACAUCCAACUGCUGCCUGGAUAGUGUCUGUUACUACUUUUCAGCAGCCUCAGAAAGUCAGGGGAGAUGGGGUGUGGGUUGA